AUGCGAUCAUCAAGGGAGAAGCUUGUUGUGCGGGAGGCCUCCUCCUCGGCCUACGAGGGCUCAGAGGGCGACUCCCCUGAAGCCAGGCUCGAGCCGCAGGGCUGGGGUGGGGCCAGCCAGACGCGCGGCGCUUGGGAGCACGCCUGGGCGGCAGACAGGCGCGCCUCCCGCGACAGCGAGCCCCCAGCUGGCGGCAGCUGCUGGGGCGGCAGCGGCGGCGGCAGCGGCGCGUUGGAGGAGUGGGAGCAGGAGGUUGAGCUGGGCAUGAUGUCGCCAGAGAGCCAGAAGCGCGAGCGCCGGCGCAUCGCCAACAGGGACUGCGCGCGGCGCAUUCGCCAGCGCAAGACGGCGCUGGUGGCGGAGCUGACUGCCAGCGUGGAGCUGCUGCAAGCCGACAACAGCCGCCUGCUGGGCACGCUGACGGAGGUGACGCGGUGCUGGCGCGACACUACCAUAGAGAACUGCGAGCUGCGCAGCCAGAUAGCGCUGCUGCAGGCCGGCGGCAGCGCCAGCGGUGGCAGCCACAGCGGCGGCAGCGGCGGCAGCGGCUCUCUGCUUGCGAGCCCCACGGGCGAUUUGGGGCGGCAUCUGCUGUCGCCGGGCUGGCCAUCCCCCAUGGUGCUUUAA